CUUAUCCUUCUCCAAUCUCCGUGAUUUCUUUCUCGGUCUCCUCUUCUCCGGUUUUGUUUCAUAAUCAAAUUCCGGCAAAGUCGCCGAUUGAAGCCUGCCAGAAUCGCCUCUCUAUCUCUCUCUCAAAUAGUGUGAGUAGUGAUAGGAAGAGGGCAAAAAAUUGUUGAGAGGAAGAUAAGAAGAAAUGGAGCUGGAGAAAGUUGAUCAUAUGUGUCAUGAACAUCCGUUGGGUCGGAUCCUCCGUGGGUCGGCCCACCAAAGUUACUUCUACACUUUCUGUUAUGGUUGUGAUAGAUUCUUUAGAGCAGGAGAUGUAACUUAUGGAUGCAGUAUUAUGUGUGGAUUCCAUUGGUUGUUACACAAAGAAUGCAUGGAAAUGCCUCGAGAGAUUAUGCAUCCUCUUCAUCCUUCUCAUCCUCUCACACUCCAUUCAGAAAAAAUUCUUAGAUCAAGAAACUGUGCAUUUUGUGAAGCGAGGGUGUGGGGGUUAUACUACAGAUGUAGCCAUGGGGGCUGUAAUGGAUUGGUGAUUCACUUGAGAUGCGCGGGGGGGCUUAAAGAUAACGAUGAAACGCACAUGCUUAUGUACCACCCAAGCCACCCUCAGCAUGAGCUACGCUUUUCCAAGAAGACGAGGUGGUGCCCAUUCCCUUGUGAUGCCUGUGGUGCCACUGAGAACGGGGACUCCUACACCUGCACCCUCUGCGACUACUCCAUACACCAGAGUUGCGCACUCCUCCCACUGUCUAAGGACUUCCCUCAUCAUCACCACCCUCUCUCCCUCGCCUUUUCUCUUCCAUCUGAGUACAUCGAGUAUGAUUUUGAUUGUGAUGUAUGCUGCAUGACUUUGCCAUUGAGACGAUGGGUCUAUCAUUGCCACCUUUGCAGAUAUGUCGUCCAUCUCAACUGCGCAUUUGAUGAUCAAAAUGAAAGUGGAAGUGCAAUUGAUGGUGAUGAGAAAGAGGCUACCAAGUUUCCAAUAGCAGUAGAAGACAUGUAUGAGGAGAUGAUCAGACCUUUCGUUAAGCGACAAAAAGAUCAAAUUCUUGUCCCUCAUCAUGAUCAUGACAAUCACAACAUCGGUGGCAAGUACAGCUUCUCCAAUCAUCCUCAUCAUCUAUUAACUUUUAUUGCAUUUUCUUCAGCUUCGUCGUCAUCUUAUGAUCACCACGAAAAAAACGACGAUGAAGAUGACUUUGAAAGUAUUCCAAUAUCAGAAUUAAUAUGUGAUGGGUGCACACUGCCUAUACAUGAAAAGAAGCAAACAGAUGACGAUGGGUAUGAGAGUGGUUACAUGAGUUGUGAUGAAUGCAAAUACUUUCUCCACUUGUCCUGCUUCAACUUACCACUUGAGAUCCCCUCUCUUCCUAUUCAUUCUCUUCAAGAUCACAGCCUAAGGCUUCAAAAUGCUGAUGGCAAGCUAACAGGUUGGAUAGAAUGUUAUAUUUGUAAUAGUGAGGCGAAUGGGUUGUAUUACGCUUGUACUAGCUGCUGGUACGAAAUAGACAUCAAGUGUGCUUCUCUGCCCAACACCAUAAAACACACAUCUCACCCGCGACAUAACUAUCUAAAGCUAGUCACAGCUGAUGAUUUAGGGUUUGGUGUAUGUGAUAAUUGUCAUAAGCCCGCAUCUAGUCGAAAGGAGCAAUACAGAUGCAAUAGCUGCAUAUUCUCUGUAUGUGGUAAAUGUGUGAUUCUACCGGCAAAAAAUAAGCAUAGGCUGGAGAAUCAUUUGAUGCCUUUGACAUAUGAUGCUCGUGCUAACCGUCCCGGUGAUUUCUACUGCAGCAACUGCGAGAACCAAAUGGACCCCCGGAGGUGGAUGUAUCAUUGUUAUGACUGCGAUCAAUCCUUUCAUCCCCAAUGCUUUCCCGCUACAUCGGGUAAGUACAGAAACAUCAAAUAUGGGACAGAGCGCGUGAUUUCCCGUAUCCAUGACCACCCUCUUAGAUUUCAAAUCAUAUCCAACAAAAAGAGAUGUGAUCUAUGCAAUCGAGAAAGGUAUGAUAUGCCUGGAUUUCAAUGUGCAUUAUGCUUCUUUGCAGUGUGUUAUUUGUGUGUAUAAUGACUCUUUAGGAAAAGCUAGAAAAAGCCUUGUUUUAUAAUGACUAGUAUUUUUAACUUCACUUUACUAUCUUAUCAUUUACUUCAACUUUUAUCAAUGUUCGUGCAAACAUGGACUAUUGAGAAAUUAUGUGGCAUACUCUCCCGCUAAAUGUAACGCCACCGCUAAAAUUAAGCCUCCAACUUUAAAUUUUUAAGGGUCC